AUGUCGACUGAGAACAUCACCCCACAGACCAGCAAGGCCGAUGAGGCCAUCGUCGAUGCCAAGAGCAUCCCGAAUGAGAACCACCUCGCCGCUGCCCCCAUCAACAACACCCCGGAUGAGAACAACCUGGUUACCAUCCGCAUCAAGACCAUCCACGAGGAGUGCCAGGGCCUCGUCGACCCCAACGGACCAGCUCCCAUCGGCAUUGGCCCAAAGCAGAUGGACGAGAACCUCAAGUGCGAGGCCCAGGACCAGGAGGUCAACCUCGGACCCCUGGCCAACAUCACCAUUGACGGCCUGAAUGAGGCCAUCGAGGGCGUCAUUGAGAAGGGUGGAGACCACGAUCUCGAGGCCUUCGUCGACCGCAUCUGGCGGUCGUUUGACUUCAUCCCGGAGGAGGAGGGCAAGGAGGUCCAGAACCUCUUCAACAUCUCCGACGAGGAGCUCCAGCGCGUCCUCGCUGGAGGAAAUGGCUUCGUCCAGGUGGACAACUCACGGGAUAACCUCCUAUGGGAUAACCUCCUAUGGGAUAACCUCCUAUGGGAUAACCUCCUAUGGGAUAACCUCCUAUGGGAUAACCUCUUAUGGGAUUAA